AUACUAAUAUUACCACUCAUAAAGGAGUUAAUUAUGCUCCAUUAGGAAAAAUUCUUAGCACUUUAAGCAAUCUCCAAAUUGAUUUUUCUACUUUUUACCAUAGAUUUGAUUGCUUAUUCGAAACUUAUUCUGCUCCAACUUUGGAAUGGCCAGAACCAGAAAAAAGGAAAAAGAAAAAAUUAGGAGUGGAUGCUCAUGAUGUUUUAAAAGAAUAUCUUGACCCUCAAAAUCCUAAUUAUGGUAAAUUAGAAAAAUAUUUAGAAGCCUUAACUAUUUAUCACGAGCAAAAUGAAAAAGAGUAUGAAAAACUACCAGAUACCUCUAACCGAAAACCCCGCAUUGCUAUUCGAAUUAAGCAUGGAGAAAACUUUCUUAAAGCUUAUAAAAAGGAAAUUAAAAGAGGUGGAGAUUUUAAGUUUAUAACUAAGGAAGAGUUUUUAGCUCGGGUUGGAGGAGAAAGAGAGAGAUUUUCCAAAAUAGUGGGUUAUGAAGAAAUUAUAAACCAG